AUGGCUCUACAACACUUACCACCACCGUCUCAGCGUGUUAUCUCCUCUCUUGCGAUACCCUCGUAUUUCAUCCAAGUCCCUCUCGCGCUCAUCACCAAUGCGCGGAAUGGAGGUGACAUUGCAGUCUGGCCCGAAUCGACCGAAGCAGAUGCAGAUGGCGAGCGCUCUUGGAAGGCCACCAUCGGAGGGUUAACCAUCUACAUUCGCUCGCAGCCGGUUCCUUUGGAUAGAGGGUCCACCUACGCCGUCUCGCCGGUCAAUAAAGAGGAAAUAUCGAUCCCACCUUCGCUCAUGGGCAUGAAUAUCCUCCAUCCAGAACCGACAGGUCCCAGUAUUCCGGCUAUGGAAACAUCUUUCGGUGUUGAGCACCAAGGCAUACCCGUUCUGCUUUUAUAA